CCCUCCUCUCCUGCUGCAGGUGAAAGGGACGGAGCCCUGCUCGGGGGGAGGUGAUAGUGGCAGCCGCCGCCGACAGAUGGCAGCCCGAUCUGUUGUUCUUUUCCCCCCCUGACAGUGAAAUCAGUUCCGUCGGGGAGGAGGAGGCGGGUGUUAUUAAAAACGCUAUGUGUCACGCGACAGCUGCCGCCCUUAACCCGUGUUUAAUGUAGCCAGGUGCGAGGCAGCAAGAUGAGCCUUAUUAUGGACAAUAGGCUGGAAGCUGUGGACACGGAGGCGGAGGUGAAGAAGCUGCAGGCCUUAGUGAAGGAGCUGGAGAUCCAGAAUGAGGAGCUGCGGUGUGAGAGGCAGCAGUUGAUGAAGGAAGGUGGUGGUAGUGGGUCUCCUGUGGGCGGCGUGGGCGGCCUCUCUCCGGCGGCGCCCGGCACGCCCAAGCGCCACCUGGACGCCACUAACCUGGACGCCAUGGAUCCCAUAGGGCUGGACGAGUCUAAUAUCUCUGAUGACGAGACCUGGUUGUUCGAUUCGCCUAAAGCCAAGCCUCACAAUUCGGACUGGUUACGGAAAGAUGUAGAUGAUCCAGCAUUAUUACUGUCUCGAAAAUCCCUUAUUAACAAGUUAGAUCAAAUUGCAAUGUCUCCGCACCAUUCUCCCCGUCAUUCCUUCAGCCCCUGCUCCUCAUCAGGAGUUCUGUCUCCGGAGUCCCCGCCAUCUUCAAGGGGUGAAAUAGACACGAGAACUUUUGUGAGACCCAAGAAGAAAAGGUCUCAAGUAUUUGGUGAUGCUGUAAAUGAUGAAAACAGGAACUCUUUACUGAGGAGAGAGGGCAGUUCCCGUGAGUAUCUGGCACGUUCCAGCGGGUCCCUGGGAUCGGAGGAGGACGACCGCCUGAGCUCAGCCUCGGAGGGGAGCUUCUCGUAUCACUUUGCCGACGUAGCAGAUGUCAAUGCUCUGGCUCGACUUCAAGAGGAAAGUUUAAAGCUUCCUGACCCAAGACGGAGUUCAAGAUUUCCAGGUAUACGCACAGGCACUACUGGCAUCCCGUAUUCUUCAACCGGCUCAGGGGGGUCUGCCACCAGCUCUCAGGAGGAUCUCAUAUCUGUACCCCAUCCCACGGCCAGUCCCCGUCGCCACCCCCGGGGUCUCCAACCUCCAACCCAUUAUUCUGCACAUACGACUCCAUCACGAGAGGGCUCAGACCUUUCAACCCCACCAGAUAGUCCUUAUAAUUCACAGCACAAUCUUGAAGUUUGUAAUGGGAGGAGUGGGUUACGUCAGCCAAGUGGGAUGCACCGAGGGUUAGGAGGAAGCGAUCCUCGGUUACUGGAGCACACAACGCCUAGUAGUAGUCGUGGUACAUCUCCUGCUCGCUCUCAUAAUUCACCCACAGCAUCUCAGACAGAUAUUCGUCAGGGACCCAGAACUUCUAGGCUACAAGCGCCUCAGAUGCGAAGUCGGCUAAGUGCACCAUCUCCAGUUCGUAUACCUAUGGGGGGAGCUUCAGGACUACCGCAACCAACAGAAAUACCAAGACCUAAGGCUACAGGUAUUCCACGGCCAGGCUCACGUUUGCAGCCUCCAAAAACAAGGUCAGGCAUAGUUCAGCCCAGGUUCCAGGCCCCAACCCAGGAUGAUUGGAGGGACGGCUGCUUCUGAAACAAGCUUUACACUAGCCCACACACCCAGAUUAUGUGAUUUAUCUCGGGGACUCUCGGGAUCUGCCACUGGACUCAAACAGGCUGUCAUUGAUAUAAUUUUUAAAUCUAAAAUUUUGAUGUAUACACUAGGUGAUAUUUAAUCAGUAUAUAUAUUCAAUACAACUUUUAGUUAAACUUAGCAGAUACAUUGGUAUUUGUAUACUACCGUCUAUUCAGUAAGAAUUUGGAUAUUUCCAGAUGGAAGUUCGUUGUCCUCUGGUGUAUGAAUUCAAAAUUUAAAUUUUAUUGGUUUGGUGCUUUGGCCGAGAGCCACAAUGGACAUUGGUGCAUAGGUCACACAUGUAAGUACUUUUCUCUGUAAUGUUAUCUCUUGUAGAUGUAUAGUACUUACCCAUGACCUGGUGAUUGCAUAGUUAGUGAAAUCUUUAUACCUUGAAUGGUGUUGCAAUAUUUGUUUAAUUUUUACAGAAGCCAUAAGAAAAUCAUAUUAUAAAAUCUACCUAGUAGCCAAAGCCUUAGAUGGCAUUUCCUACUGAUGACAGACCAGUGCUCUUGAAAUCCCAAGGGAGUAGAAAUUAGGCCGCAAUGUGGCAACAUUGUGAUACCCCUAGUGGUCUCUGACCGCACAUUCCAAUUCUUCCUGGCCCUUGGGCUGGGCCCUUUUAGCUGUUGACAAUAGAGAGGCCUUCCUUCACCUGCAUCACGCUGUCUGAUAGUCCUUGUUAGACGACAGGUUUGGUGCAAACAUUCUUCGCAUUAUGUCUUUGAUUACACAGGUGUAGGGGCUUAAAAUAACGUCUAAUCAAGCUUUUUGAGCAAUAAUUACAGGACAGUACAGUAUAGUACUUCUAAUCUAUGAUGUGUUUUGAAUAACAGAAAUUUGUGAAAGACUUUAUAAGUUGUAAGUUAUGUCAGGAAAAAUAAAAUUAUCUUCGGGACUUCCAACCAAUUCUGAAACAACACUUGGAUGAAAUUUAAUGCAUUGAACCAAUUUUAGCCUUGUCCACAUGACCAAUGAGCUUUAGUGCAACCAAGUAACCAAUAAUAGUACCUGCUGAUUUUUACCAUAAUGACCAAUAGGCUUUUAGUAAGUGGAAGACACUUCUUACACUUAUGUGUAAGUGGAAGACACAUGUAAACUUUGAAGAUGAUGUGCAAGCUCUUGUUUUAGCUUACUCUUUUCCUUAUGACUUAGUGUUCAUGUUUAAGUUCAUUGACAAAUUGCUGAACUGUGACCAAGUGUUGGGACAAUGUUUUGGACAUGUUAGCAGGAGGAGGGCUAUCAAUGCAGCACCAGGGGCCACCAGCAUUGCAGCACCAGGAGGCCCAGCAUUGCAGCACCAGGAGCUAGCAUUGCAGUGCCAGGAGCUAGAAAUGCAGCACCAGGAGCUUGCAUUGCAGUGCCAGGAUCUAGCAUUGCAGCGCCAGGAUCUAGCAUUGCAGCGCCAGGAUCUAGCAUUGCAGCGCCAGGAUCUAGCAUUGCAGCGCCAGGA